AUAAUUAUUCUCCAAUUUAUAUUUAAACACUAACCUAGUGAUUCAUCUAUUUUUGGAAAAAACUAUCUAAACGACUUAAAGUUCAAAGUCAUGAUGCAGAAAUUUUUUGUAUCUCUCUUGCUGUCCGCUGCUGUAAUGUCUAUGUUACUUGAUCAUGCAUACGGAAAAGAAUGUGAAUUGGACAGCGAUUGUGGACAUAAGCAAUUUUGCGACUUCUAUUUGGAUGAAUGCCGUAAUAAAGAAUGUGAAAAAGACGACGAUUGUGAACCUAAGGGAUUUUGUAUCAAAGAUGGAUGGCAAUGCAUUGAUAUAGAAUGCGAAAUAGACGACGAUUGUGAAUCUGGGAAAUACUGUGAACGGUCAUUUGGGAAAUGCUAUCAUAAAGAAAUCAUUGAUCCAAUUAUUCAAAUGCUCUCAGCGGUUGUGAUAUUUCCGUGA